AUGUCACCAAAUACACAGCUUCAAUCUGUGGCGGCUUUUAUGCCGCAGUCUUCCUCUAUCCUUUUCGGGUCCAGAAUCGAACCAUGGUUCACAGAAUCAUUGAGACGCAUUAAACCCAAUGAGCCGCUCAAUAGCGUUGCUGAGCAUCAAACAUGCCUUAGCAAAGUUUUGUCAUUACCAAACACCAUUUGGAUCCUGGUAUCCCUGAUGCGAAAAGGCCCAAAUUUCGAAUCGAAUCCCGAGUUUUAUCUUAUUAAUAUCGAGGCAAAUGUUGUUUUUGUCGAUAUCCCAUGCGAUGAAAUUAUAUUUAAGCUGACUUCGAAUAUAAUAGACGCCCUGAUUAAGUAUUAUCAGGACGUCUAUUGUGUUGACGCCGAGGAGAAAAAAUAG